CUUUCUUUCCGUUCCCUAUCUUUUUUCCCUUUUUCUUUUAUUUUUUAUUUUUUUUUUCCUUAAAUCGACCCUAUCCAUGACAAAGCUUCACCUUGCUCUUUUAGUUUGUGAUACACCAAAGCCUCAAGUACUUGAAAAGCAUGGAGAUUAUCCUCAUAUGUUUUCGCAAGCAUUCGCCAAAGCUGUAUCCAAGCAACAACAACAAGAUCAAGUGAGUUGGGAAUAUUUCGAUGUUGUUCACAAGCAAGAAUACCCUACUGACACUAGUCGGUUUGAUGCCAUUGUGCUUACAGGUUCGGCAGCUACAGCAUAUCAAGAUGAACCAUGGAUUCUCAAACUUAUCUCAUUUAUUCAAGAACAAAUGCAACAACCCAAUAAGAAAAAACUCGUAGGGAUCUGUUUUGGUCAUCAAAUCAUUGCUCUUGCUGCUGGUGGCAAGUGUGGCAAAAAUCCAAAGGGUUGGGAGCUUGGAUAUUAUGAAAUCUCUUUGACUCCUUUUGGUAAACAAUUUUUCCAUACGGAUAAACAAGUUUUGCGAUUGAAUCAAGUUCAUCAAGAUCAUGUUACUGAAUUACCCAUUGGAUUCCAAUGUUUGGCAACAACUAGUCCUCAUACACCUAUUCAUUCCAUGGUCUCCAAUGAUGGACAAUGUAUCACUAUACAAGGUCAUCCGGAAUUCAAUAGGGAUACUGUACGAAUUUUACUGAAUUUACGAGCGGAUGCUGGUGUCAUAUCUCGGGAUUUCGCAGAUCUGGAACUAGGCAAAUUGGAUCAAGCUGGCCCUGAUAUGGAAGAUACUUGGUUAGUCCAACAAUUCAUAGACUUUAUUCAAGGGAAACUCUCAGUGCAAAUAGAUUAGUUAUAUAAUAAAUGUUUUGUCUGGGAUUAAAAAUACUUACCUUUUUUCUUUUUCUCGU